AUGGCUCUGCCCAACAAUGACAAGCCCCCGCAAAUCAUAUGCAGCGGGAAACGGGUUGUGGUCGGCCAGAACUUGUACGAUGCCUCGCGGAAUUUGCGGCGCCCCGACAGCGAGCGUAUCCUCUGGGUGGAUGCGCUUUGUAUCAACCAGAACGACCCGCUGGAGAAGGCCCAACAGUUACCUCGUAUGGGCAGCAUUUACGAAAAGGCUGAGUCGGUCAUCAUUUGGCUCGGCGAGCCCACGAAGUCCUCCAGCGAGGCAAUCUCGACCCUGCGGAAGCUGAACGAACACUUUACCGCAUCUCUGUUCUUUUACAACGAAUCCAGCUGGUCCGUAUGGGCUCGCCAGAUGAUAUACCGCAAGUUCCCUUCCAUGGCGGCUGGGGACUGGCACAGGCACAAGACGACGCUAGCAGGCUUCAACUGGACCGCUGUGGCUGAUGUCAUGAAGAACCCGUGGUUUCUGCGGGUGUGGGUAUAUCAGGAACUCAGGAAGGCUACUAGCGCAGUUGUGGCCCUUGGCAAUGAGCAGAUGCCACUCAACGACUUUAUCCGGCCUAUCGCUGAGUUAUUCAUGCACCCCCUCGGCAUGGAGAUCAUAGGACCGCACCUGAGCGCCGACGCCUACAGGUCUUUGGUGACCAUUCUUCGCAUUGUGACCGAAGACGGGCCCGAAGCCCGCAACUUAGUGGAGUCGCGGCGCCCACUGCUCGAUUUCGUUGCCCGGGAGUCAUUUCGUGACGUAACGAACGACCGGGACCGGAUAUUUGCAUUUUGCGAUGUCGCUAAUGAUGUUGACGAGACCGACUGGGAAGUCAUUCCUGACUAUACCGCCACGGUAGAGCAUGUGUCCGGAACCUCUACUAGUAGGGGCUAUACCUCAGGCAGAGACGGGCGGGGUGGCACUGCCGUCCUGGUUCCCGACUGGCGCCAGAACCGCCUCGAGAUACUGAAUCCAUUUCCUGGGCACUACAACGCCUCAGGGACUUCUGAGCUUCACGUUUCGUGGAGACCCGACCAGCCAACCCUCUUGCGGAUAAUGGGGCGCAUCGUGGACACAGUCGACGAAGUGUCCAUCUCGCGGAUGCAUCUGACUGGCCUCGACCAUUUUGAGUUCGCCUCAGGAACAAAGUUUGAUCCGGCGGCCGUGAGCAAGCUUGUGAAAAGGCGCCAGCGGUUCUCAUUCCUCAAAUGGUUCAAGAGGGACAAGAGGGACCAAGCGUUAGACGAUAUAAUGUCUAAAUACCUUGUGACCAGGGAUCGCCAAGGGUCAACAAAGACGUUCGAAAUCAGUUCCCUACGCGAAGCGCACGAGGCGCGGCAGCGAUUCGGGACAGAAAAACUUCCCGCCCACGAGAUGACGAACCUAGUGUGGAUGGAAGACUGCAAGUAUAUUGCUGCCAAGUGUACUGGCGGACACAUGACGCCUGACCGACUCGACGCGCUGUGGAGGACCAUGACGUACUCAUCUCCUAGCCUGCCAAAGCGUAACUUUGUUUCAUACCUUGCUCUUCUCGAUGAUAUUGGACAGGGGAGAAGGAAGACCGAGAGCCUGCAGGGCACCUCGUUUGAACUGCCACGGAACCGUGCUCGCGCCGCCGAACCGCGGGACAUACGGCAUCUAGCGAAGACACAGUGGCGUAGACAACUACCCAGGCUACCGGGCAUGGAUAGACGCUCUUCAAGCCCAUUGCCCGAUGAUAAUGAACUGCACCUGAGGCGAACUAUGCAUAGCAUCUUUGGCAGUGUUUUCAGUCGGCGCUUCUGCGCCACUUCCCAGAACAGACUUGGAUGGGUUCCCGUCAGUGCUAGGGCAGGGGACGUCAUUUGCGUGUUGGACGGCGUCAAACUACCGGUAGUCCUGCGGCCGUUGUCAAAGAAAGGAAAUGAGCAUGUGGAGGAAGAAGCAGGUACCGGCAGUACAGCGAUACCGGUUUCCAGUAAGAGGUUCAGUGGGGGCAGCAGUUCACGGUACCAGCUGAUCGGGCCGUGCUACAUUGAUGGCAUCAUGCACGGCGAGUUGAUGAAGGGUAGGCCAUCUGAGGGAAACUAUCUGGAACUGUCGUGA